AGCAAUUAUGUUGAAAAAGCACGUCCUUGCGUGAAUGGGGAUCUGUCUAUUGGCGUUUACUUAGGAUUAGGAAUAUUUAAUUUCUGCGUAACAAGAAGACCCGCAGUGACCUGCAAACAUGACCGGACCCCGAAACGCUUCAGGAAAAUGUUAAACAGCUAUUUUGCUCCACGGAUGCUGGUUAAAGGAAAAAACUUCCUUAACCAAACAGGCAAAGAAAGAGUCUUCAUAAUCCAGGACGAAAAGGUGGUGUUCAUUUACCAAACAUCUGACCCCCUUUCCCGACCUUCCGCAGCAGAUAAUGGAAACAAAACUUCGAGACAGGUUGAAUCAGUUGCAGAGAAUUUACUCUGUCUCCGAUACAUUUAUUUUUCUGCGUCAGCAUGCCGUUUUAUGUGUUUUUCCAAAGAAAUUCCUUCCUGAGGUAGCAGUUUACACUGUGGAAUAGUUGAAGUGUGUUGUUUCAGGGAAAGACAGUCGGCCUUGGAGCCCGAGGGUCUGGCACUGUUAUUUUUCAUUGACUGUUUUUAUUACCGAGUUCUAAAGAACUGCAGUGGACACUGGGAGACGGGGCACUAAGAAUCAGGAUAUUAAUUGGCUUCUAAUUACACCCGCGUUUUAAUCCAGGUGCUCUUCUCUUGGAUAUCAAAGCACGGUUUGUAAAACGUCUGGAGAUAACUGUAAAUCUUCGCAACGGCCCUGCCAUAUCUCCCUGCCUCAGACAAUUAGUAAUGAAACUCCGAUUUGGAAUCUGAGCUCCAAAGACAUUCCCGCAAGAAUUUGUACUAGUGAAAUUCCGUGAACCAAGAUGACAAGGCAGAUGGCGAAGUUGUAUCUAGUUGGUGUGCUUCUCUUAGGCGGAAUCAUGAGCCUGGAGGCAGGCUGUGACCACCAUGGCCCAUUGGGGAUGAUCACUGGCUCUAUCCAAGACUGGCAGAUCACCGCCUCCAGCUCCUACCCACAGGAGUGGGAUAAGGGCUGCCACGAGAAAUACGCGCGCCUGUAUCAACCCAACGGGCGCGGCUGGUGCGCCAAGUACAAGUCCACCUCGGAGUGGUUACAGGUGGACCUCGGCACUGUUGCCAAGAUCACCGGGGUGAUGACCCAAGGUCGUGCAGACGGCGUGGAAUGGGUGACGAAAUUCAUGGUGUCCUACAGUAUGGACGCGUUCAACUGGAAGUAUGUUGGGGACCAGUACGGCAACCAAAGGGUAUUUGACGGUAAUAAUGACGGGUAUUCAGUGAAGCACUCUUAUCUGGACCAACCCCUCAUGGCCCGCUUCGUCAAGUUCCAUACCGUACAGUGGCAUAAACACCCCAGCAUGAGGGUAGAAAUUCUUGGAUGCCAAGAGUGCAAAGAGUUCAUUGGUCUUCCACCUUAUGGUAAAAUCACUGCUUCUGACACGUGGAACUUCAAGAAAGGGAAGUCCUGUCAACCGGAAGAUGGUCAUAUCUUUAGCAACAAUGCAUGGUGUCCAAAACAGAAUGAUGCUGAACAAUGGUUACAGUUUGACGUGGGCCCACCCACCACGGUGACUGGGGUGGUUCUCAAGGGGCGAGGGGACACGAGACGGAAGCACUGGGUCACCCAGUUCAAGAUCUCCUACAGCAACGAUUCGAAGACUUGGACCUUCUACAAGGAUGCCUCCAAUCUUGACUUUAAGCCCUCCAACAAUCUGACGUCAUCUCGCUCCUCAAUCUCGACCCCUUACGUAUCUACCUCCUCCAACUCUGUGCUUCCAUCUAACAGGCCAACGUCCGAGGCUAUGGAAUUUGGCGGGAAUAGUGAUAAAGAUUUGGAACGGUACCACUACUUCAACCAUCCCUUCAGUGCUCGUUUCAUCCGCAUCCAUCCUGUGGCCUGGCACUCCCACAUUGCUAUGAGGGUAGGGCUCAUUGGGUGCCCGCAUAAAGGUCAGUGUGGAGAGGCUUUUAUCCGAGUGAAUAACGACACUCCGUGCGUUGAAAACCUGGCGUACAAAAAGGACACUUGGAUCAACAACAAGCGCCACUACAAGCGCCACAUUCGGAACCACUGGACACACGGUGGACAUGCCAAGAAGGUGGUGGACGGGCACCUGGAGUCCAGCAUUCACAGCUGCACCAUACUGGACAACUUCUACGUGGAGAGCCCCAUCAUGAUGGUCGAUCUUGGGGCCAAGACAAAGAUAUCGGGGGCCAUAUUGAUCACGUGGCAAGGGGAGGAUCCAGAUAAAGGAGCGUUCAAGGACUACAUGUACAAUUUGGAUAAGUUACUGGUUUACGUGGACAAUAAUCCAAAACUGGAUGAUAUUCAGAAAACGGGGCAGAUGUGUGGUUUUAUUUCAAAGGUGAACAACGCACUGUAUCAAGAAAAACUCCAUGUUUCUUGUUCGUCACCCAUGACAGGUCGAUAUGUGUAUAUUGAGGCACAGGGAGUGCCUAACAGAUGGAGCAGACUGUUCAGCGCUAUCCUGUGCGAGGUUAUGGUUUAUGGUUGACACGCUUGCAACGGAAACACGCACUGAUUCUGAUUAUCAAUAAUAUAAAAAGUCGCUACCAUAUUGUUUGGCUAUACCGACUUGAAAUUGAGUAAACUCCGCAGACAGGAAAUGCUUUUAUUGAAUUCAAGGAUUAUCCAAACAACCAGAUUCUUGUGAACUUCUAAACUACACCUUGUGCAAUAGAAUCAUUGUAAAAGAAAAAUGAACAUCUCCCUGUUGCGGCAGUGGCACAAAGCCCCGCGCCAUUGUCGAGAACUCUUGCAGACGAUCUAAUCUGGAAUUUGUGUGUCAUGUUGAUCGUAUAUUCUGUGUUGUGGUACAGGAAAAACAUCUCUAAAACCCCGCCACGCUGCCAUAUGAGAUAUAACCCAAGGCCUACCCAAGUCAGCGUGCGUCUAGAUAUAAGUUUAGCACUUAUCUUUAUCUAUAUGAAUAGACUAGUUUUAGUUGAGUUCGCUGUUCGUCAUAUUCGUCAUAACUAAGUCAUAGGAACCAAGUGGACCUCACUAUGAGAAUGAUUGCAAUAUUUGAGAGGUAUUGCUUAUUGUGAUAUGAUAUGUAUUUAUUUGUACAGUUCAUUUGUAAAUACGCCAUUAUUCGUUGCAUUAUCUGUUUGUGUUGCGUCACUGUAGCAGAUAUAAAUACAGUUGUUUUAUGUUCAUCAGUUAUAUCUAUAGGCAGGAUGUAUAUAAUAUUACCUGGUUAUUAUUAUAAUAAUUAUUAUUAUUAAAAUCGUAGAUCUUUCUGAUUUUUAGAUAUGUGGGCGGAGGUUGCUGUAUAAUGCACCGCAUUAUAUAAUGUUACACACUCUAAGAGUCAGUUUAAGAGGUGGAAUAUAGUCAUAACUGUGCAUAUAAACUCACAUAUAAUACUGAAAUUAACACACAGUUGUAUUAAAUACUCUAGCGCUGCCAAUAUAUGUAUGUUUACAACUUCUGCCUACUGGUAGUGAACAACUAGGAGCUUCUGGUGUCGCUGUGUUUUAGCAUUGUUUUUUCACUGUGUUUGCUUUUAUAACGUUGUCCUUACAAAGAGGGACAUAAACACGGCAAGAGGGUGCGUUUUUGAUUCUUUAGAUCAGUCCAUUGGUAGUAUUUUUGUCGGUUUAUCAGCAGUUAUACGGCCUCCACUUUUCUGUAAAAAUAAUUGCAUUCUGACAAGAAGUGGGUGUUCUGAUGAAACAUUUGCGUAACUUUGCCUUUCAAAUUACACGGCAUACAAAAAAUGUAAAAAAAGUCGGGCGUGAGUUUAACUUUGAGGUAUCAAAUUCUGCCGCUGGCUGAAAGUCAGAUUCACUUUGUUCAUCGGUUGAUUACGGUGAUGUCUUUUUCUUCCCUGUGAAAAGAACGCGAUAUCAUCUGUUUCAAAGGUAAAUAUUAUCUUUGAAAAGGCUUAUUACGUUUCACUUUAUCUUAAGUGCGGUUCCAUUGAGUAACUGUAGCCACACAUGCCCUUGUUAAAUUUUUAUUUGUAAUCUUUAAAGUUUUAAGUUGCAUUUCCGCUGAAAACUGACUCACUUUGUAGACUUUUUUUGUUAAACUUUUGCUGUAGACGUUUGCUCUGUUGAAUUACGAUUAUGUCGUACAAUCUUAUAUAAACUUGGGACCACCAAGACAUCGGUUUUGUUGGUUUAACCACUCAAUGCUUGCCGGGUAUUCUUUCAAAGUGAACGGAUGAAGCAAAGCACAAGUGAUGUUCCCACAAACAAAAUAGCGUUCCCAAGUUGCUGAAUACUAUAGUGUGGAAGAAAUCGAGAAGUAAUUUUAUUGAGAGCCUCGUAACUCUCUCUGAUGUUAACAAAAUUAAUUCAGAUUAGAUGAAAAUAUUGGGUUGUUCACUUACGGUUUUAUGUUGUUUCUUCAGUCAUGAGUUGUAAGGCAGGUUAAUAUGUUAUAUUUUAUAUCAUUUAUGUACAGUUUUAAUUUUGCAA